AUGGGUGACAUAGUUGGAAGUUGGCAAGUUGCGCUCUCAGAUGGUAUUCAUAAAGUAGAAUUUGAACAUGGUACAACAUCCGGUAAACGUAUAGUUCGUGUUGAUAAUAAAGAAGUUCUUCGUCAUGAUUGGCUUUUUAAACUUGUUGGUAGAGAAACUUUUAAAAUUGGUAAACAUCAAUGUACUAUUCAUAUUGAUGCUGUUAGUGGUUUUGCAUAUGAAUAUUCACUUGAUGUUGAUGGAAAACCAUUAGAAAAAUUUAGUGAAAAUCGUUCUAAAAUAAGUCGAGCAUGGACAUUGAAACUUGAUGGAGUAGAUUAUCGUGUUGUUUUAGAAAAAGAUACACUUGAUAUAUGGGUUAAUGGUCAACGUAUUGACGCUGAAGCUGAAUUUACCGAUUAUGGAACAGAAACAGUUUUUGAAAUUAGUGGUCAUCCAGCUAUUUUGAAAGCUGUUUCAUCUGGUCAUCAUCGUUUGGGGAUUAAUCAUAGUUUAUUUGUUGAUGGAUGUGAAAUUCCACAAGCAAAUGAAUAA